AUGAGGAUCACAUUUAUUUUUUUUCUCUCUGUCUCCAAAUCAAUGCCAAGGAAAGAGAAGCCUCUGGACUGGAAGCCCGUCUCUAGCAGCUCGAGGGAAAACUCCGUUCUCACCCAGUGUGAUUUUGAGGAUGACUCCAAACCCCUCUGUGAUUGGAGCCAAGUGUCUAAAGAUGACGGGGCCUGGACUCGGGCCAGUGAGCCCUCCCCCACCAGCAGCACCGCGCCCCCCGGCGGGUACCCCAAUGGAAAGGGCUACUACCUGCGCAUGGACUCCAACACCUUCCGCCCGGGCGGGGUGGCGCGCCUGCGCAGCCCCCCCGUAUGGGAGCAAGGCCUCCUCUGCGUGCGCUUCGCCUACUACAUGUUCGGGCCGUCGUGGGGCGCCCAGCUCAAGCUGCUGUUGACCACGGACCCCAAGGGCAAGCGCCCCAACGUGCUCUGGAAACACAGGAACACCCAGAGCCCCUCCUGGAUACCCACCGCCGUCACGGUGCCCAUCGGGCGCAUCCUGCCCAGUCGGCUGACAUUUGAAGGAGUCAGGGGCAGCACGGCUUAUCUGGACAUCGCUCUGGAUGCCAUCUCUAUCCGUCGGGGCUCCUGCAGUCGGGUCUGCAAGACGCAAACGUGCAGUUUUGACACUCCAAAUGAUCUCUGUGGCUGGAGCUGGAUCCCGACGGCCUCUGGGGCCAAGUGGGUCCAGAAGAAGGGGUCAACAGGGGUGCCGAACGUGGGGCCUGAGGAUGACUUCUCUAGCCCUGGUAGUGGCUUCUACAUGCUCCUGGACCCCAAGAAUGCAAAACCGAGGCAGAGCUCUGCCCUCCUGAGCCCUGUGCUCCAGUCCUUCGGCUGCCUGAGCCUGUCCUUUCACUACACCCUACGUGGCCAGUCUCCUGGCGCAGCCCUCACGGUCUAUGCUUCCGACUUGGGCAGCCGCCGGAAACACACACUCUUUUCAGGACAACCCGGACCCAACUGGCAGCCCGUUUCUGUCAAUUACACAGGCCAGGGACAGAUUCAGUUCACCGUGGUGGGCGUGUUUGGAGAGAUCCCAGAGCCAGUGGUGGCGGUGGAUGCAAUCAGCAUUGCUCCCUGCGGGGAGAGCUUUCCUCAGUGUGACUUUGAAGAUGAGGCCCAUCCCUUCUGUGACUGGGUCCAGGCAUUACAGGAUGGCGGACACUGGACCCAGGGAAGUAAAAACACGCUCAUCCAGGGUACAGGCCCCUCGGGAGCCUCCCUUAAUGGAGAGGGUCACUUUGUCUACCUUGAGGCUGACAAGUUCUCCCAGGCAGGCCAGUCUUUCAGACUGACGAGCCGGACCUUCUGUGCCCCGGGUGCGAUCUGUGUGGAGUUUACCUACCACAUGUAUGGCCUCGGGAAUGGCACAAAGCUCAGGCUUCUGCUGGGGAGCCCUGCGGACAGCUCCCCAACUCCUCUCUGGGAACGAGUUGGGUCUCAAAGCGCUGACUGGCUGAACGUCUCCAUCACCGUCCCUUCGGGACAUCAACAGCCCAUGCAGCUGAUGUUUGAGGCCGAGAGGGGCACCAGCACCGCCUUCAUUGUUGCUCUGGGUUUCAUCUCGAUCAGUCACGGGACCUGUCAUGGACCUGCAUCAGUAGCGCCUCCUUCCAAACCUGCCGUUACCUGCACUGGCCCUCCUGAAACCCCUGUCUGCACAGAGAAACUUGUGGCCCCUGAGGAAACACCCACCGUCCCCACUGAAAUAUUCACCAUCCCCACAGGGAAACCUGUGGCCCCCACCGAAAGGACCACCUUCCCCACUAAAAAGACCACCAUCCCCACAGAAAAACCCACGGUCCCCACCGAAAGGACCACCUUCCCCACUAAAAAGACCACCAUCCCCACAGAAAAACCCACGGUCCCCACCGAAAGGACCACCUUCCCCACUAAAAAGACCACCAUCCCCACAGAAAAACCCACGGUGCCCACAGAAAGGACCACCUUCCCCACUAAAAAGACCACCAUCCCCACAGAAAAACCCACGGUCCCCACAGAAAGGACCACCUUCCCCACUAAAAAGACCACCAUCCCCACAGAAAAACCCACGGUCCCCACAGAAAGGACCACCUUCCCCACUAAAAAGACCACCAUCCCCACAGAAAAACCCACGGUGCCCACAGAAAGGACCACCUUCCCCACUAAAAAGACCACCAUCCCCACAGAAAAACCCACGGUCCCCACAGAAAGGACCACCUUCCCCACUAAAAAGACCACCAUCCCCACAGAAAAACCCACGGUGCCCACAGAAAGGACCACCUUCCCCACUAAAAAGACCACCAUCCCCACAGAAAAACCCACGGUCCCCACAGAAAGGACCACCUUCCCCACUAAAAAGACCACCAUCCCCACAGAAAAACCCACGGUCCCCACAGAAAGGACCACCUUCCCCACUAAAAAGACCACCAUCCCCACAGAAAAACCCACGGUCCCCACCGAAAGGCCCACAGUUCCCACCGAAAGGACCACCAUCCCCACGGAAAAACCCACAGUCCCCACUGAAAGGCCCACAGUUCCCAUGACACCCCAGCCCAGCCCAACUCUUGUACCCACCUGGCCAACAGUUUUUGUGAUGCCAAGUACCUCCAUGACCACCGUGACCCCGGCCACCACUGCAACCCCAAGACCUACUCCAGCGAGCUGCCCGCCGAAUGCCCACUACGAGCGCUGCGCCUGCCCAGCAUCCUGCCAGAGCCCCGCGCCCAGCUGUGGGCUCCUUUGCAAGUCCGGCUGUGUCUGCGAUCCUGGCUUUCUGUUCAGCGACUCCCGCUGCAUCAAUGCCUCUUCCUGCAAUUGCUCCUACAAUGACAAUUACUAUAAGCCAGGGACGGGGUGGUUCAGCCCCAACUGCACAGAACGUUGCCGCUGCCAGCCUGGCGGUCGGACGGAGUGCCAGCCCUAUAAGUGCGGGACACAUACAGUGUGCCAGCUGAAGAAUGGCCAGUACGGAUGCCACCCCUAUGGCACUGCCACCUGCUUCAUCUACGGAGACCCUCAUUACCUGACCUUCGACGGGAGGCACUUUAGCUUCAUGGGCAAGUGCACCUACAUCCUGGCCCAACCCUGUGGCAACUCGACGGAGCCAUUCUUCAGGCUGACGGUGAAGAAUGAGGAGCGAGGACAGGAGGGCGUGUCCUGCCUGAGCAAGGUCUACGUGACUCUGCCCGAAACCACCAUCACCCUGCUCAAGGGCAGACACACGCUGGUUGGGGAUCAGCGAGUCACCCUCCCAGCCAUACCUUCUAAAGGCAUCUUCCUGACUCCAAGCGGGCGAUCUGUGCAGCUGCAGACGGCAUUCGGUCUGCGGGUGAGAUGGGAUGGUGACCAGCAGCUGUCUGUGAGCGUGCCCAGCACCUACUCUGGCAAACUCUGCGGUUUCUGUGGCAACUAUGAUGGAGACAGUAGCAACGACAACCAGAAGCCGGAUGGUAGACCAGCGCGAGAUGAGACGGAGCUGGGUAUCAGCUGGCGGGCCUCGGAGGAUGAAGACCACGAGUGCCAGGAGAACCGGGCAUCUCCCCCAUCUUGCGACACUGCCUUGCAGAACACUGUGUCAGGGCCAGAGUUCUGUGGACGGCUCACCGUCGCUCACGGACCUUUUGAGGCCUGCCUGCCUCACCUCAGGGCCUCUUCCUUCUUCGACAACUGCGUGUUUGACAUGUGUAAUUUCCAGGGGCUGCAGCAGAUGCUGUGUGCCCACAUGUCGGCCUUGACCGAGACCUGCCAGGAUGCCGGCUACGUGGUGAAGCCCUGGAGAGGACCCCAGUUCUGCCCGCUGGCCUGUCCACCCAACAGCCGAUACACCCUGUGUGCCAAGCUGUGCCCCGACACCUGCCAUUCCGAGCUCUCGGGCAUGGCCUGCCAGAACCGCUGCGUGGAGGGCUGCGAGUGCGACCCGGGCUUCGUCCUCAGCGGUCUCCAGUGCGUCCCCAGGUCCGAAUGUGGCUGCCUUGACCCCACGGCCGGCUACUUCAAGGUAGGGGAGCGGUGGUUCAAGCCAGGCUGCAGACAGCUCUGCAUCUGCGAGAGCAGCAACAGAACUCGCUGUGAGCAGUGGAGGUGCCAGGCCCAGGAGGUGUGUGGUCGGCAGGAUGGCAUCUAUGGCUGCCACGCUCAAGGGUCCGCUACCUGCACUGUCUCGGGGGACCCCCAUUACCUGACAUUCGACGGAGCCCUGCACCACUUCAUGGGCACCUGCACCUACACCCUGACCCAGCCUUGUUGGUUGAGGUCCCCAGAAAAUUACUUCGUCGUGAGUGCCACCAACGAGUUCCGCGGCGGAAACUUGGAGGCCUCCUAUGUCAAAACCGUCCAAGUGCAGGUCUUCAACCUCAGAAUCUCCAUGAUCAAAGGCCGCAAGGUCAUGCUGGAUGGUCGCCGGGUGGCCCUGCCCGUGUGGCCUGCACAAGGCCGGGUGAACGUGAGGUCCAGUGGCUCCUUUAUCCUCCUCUACACGGACUUCGGGCUUCAAGUUCGCUAUGAUGGGAACCACCUGGUGGAAGUGACCGUGCCCUCCUCCUACGCUGGCUGGCUCUGCGGGAUGUGCGGGAACUUCAACAACAACAGCCUAGAUGACAAUCUGCAGCCUGAUAAAAGGCCUGCGGUCAGCUCCGUGAAGCUGGGGGCCUCCUGGAAGCUAAAUGAGUUGUCUGAACCUGGCUGCUUUGCUGCGGGUGGCGGGCCCCCCAGGUGCCUGGGGAAGAAAGUGACGGAGGCCUGGAAUAAGAACUGUGAUAUCUUAAUGAACCCUCAGGGACCCUUCUCCCAGUGCCACGGGGUGGUGGCCCCGCACUCCAGCUUCACCAGUUGCGUGUACGGCCAGUGUGGGACCAAGGGCGACACCUCGACCCUGUGCCGCUCCCUGCAGGCCUACGCGUCCCUGUGCGCCCGCGCAGGCCAGGCCCUCGCCUGGCGGAACACCACCUUCUGCCCUCUGAACUGCCCACUGGGCAGCAGCUACAGCACCUGUGCCAACCCCUGCCCGGCCACCUGCCUCAGCCUGAGCGCUCCAUCAUACUGCCCGUCCUCGCUGCCCUGUGCCGAGGGCUGCGAGUGCCAGAAAGGCCACAUCCUGAGUGGGACCUCCUGUGUGCCCCUCAGCCAGUGUGGCUGUACCAGCCAGAGGGGCUCCUACCACCCGGUCGGGGAGAGCUGGUACACGGACAACACCUGCUCCAGGCUCUGCACCUGCUCCGCUCACAACAACAUCUCCUGCCUCCAGACCGCCUGCGAGCCUGGCCAUACGUGCGGGUCCCGGGAUGGGCUGAUACGGUGCCGGGCGGCAGGGAUGGGAGAGUGCCACCUCCGCAACGCGUCCCACUACGCAAGCUUCGAUGGCAGUUACCAUGCGGUCAGGGGCACCUGCACUUACGUCUUGGUGAAAAUAUGCCACUCCACCGUGGACCUGCCUUUCUUCAAGAUCAGUGGCAAGAAUGGGAAGCGGAAAGACCAGCCCCACACUUUCUACCUCCGCCAGGUCCACGUGGACAUCUUCAAUACCCUGGUCACCCUGAAGAAGGACCAAGUGCUGAUCAAUGGCACACGGGUCACCCUCCCGGCGACCACCCAGAUCCGGGGAGUCAAAGUCAUUUCCAGGGACGGCUACACCGUGCUCACCAUCAACAUUGGGGUGCAAGUCAAGUUUGACGGCAAUGGUUUCCUAGAGGUCGAAAUCCCCAAAGCCUAUUAUGAAAAGACCUGCGGCAUGUGCGGGAACUUCAACGGCGAGGAAGAAGACGACCUAUUGAUGCCUAAUGACGAACUAGCCCUGGAUGACAUCAUGUAUGUGGACAGUUGGCAAGACGAGGAGAUCGACCCAAAUUGCCAAGAAGAUGACAAGAAGACUGAAGCAGAACCUCAGGAGAAGCCAAACACGAACUGCCGGGCAGCUGACCUGGCAAGAGCCCGGGAGCAAUGCCAGGCGGCUUUCCAGGCUCCAGCCUGGGCGAAGUGUGCCACCCGCGUGAUUCCCAGUCCCUUCCUGCUCAGAUGUACCCACAGCCUCUGUGAGUCUGGAGGCCUCAACCAUGCCCUCUGCCAGUCCCUACAAGCCUUCGGGGCCGCCUGCCAGGCCCAGGGGAUCAAGCCUCCGAUCUGGAGAAACAGCAGCUUCUGCCCUCUGGACUGCUCCGCCCACAGCGUCUACACCACCUGCGUUCCCUCCUGCCCUCCUUCCUGCUGGGACCCGGAAGGCCAGUGCAAAGGCUCCAGAGUGCCCUCCACCUGCGAGGAGGGCUGUGACUGUGAGCCCGGCUACGUGCUCAGUGGACAGCAGUGUGUGCCCAGGAGCCAGUGCAGCUGCAGGGACGCCCAGGGCAACUCCCUCCCUGCGGGUAAGUCCUGGUUCUCCGGAGGCUGCUCCAAGAGGUGUGCCUGCAGAGCGGGCGUCAUUCAGUGCGGGCCCUUCGCCUGCCCCUCGGGCUCCCAGUGCCAGCCCAACAAGGACGGCAAAGACUACUGCGCACCCGAGAAGUCGGAGCAAUGCACAAUUUAUGGGGACCCCACUUACCGCACAUUUGAUGGCUUCAGCUACCGCUUCCAGGGCCGCAUGACCUACUUUCUGAUCAAGACCUUGGACGUGCUCCCUGAUGGGGUGGAGCCCUUGGUCGUGGAGGGCCGCAACAAGGUGCUUCCGUCCUUCAACCCCAUCUUCCUGCACGAAAUCAUCGUGACGGUCUACGGCUACACAGUCCAGCUCCAGACGGAACUGGGACUUGUAGUCAACGGUCAGAAGGUGACCAUCCCCUACGAGCCCAACGACCAGCUGCGGGUCACCAUGCGAGGCCACCGCCUGUAUCUGAUCACAGACUUUGAGCUGGUCAUCAGCUUCAAUGGAAAGAACAACGCAGUGAUCUCCCUGCCCAUCACGUACCGAAGGCUUGUGCGCGGCCUGUGCGGCAACUACGACCAGAACAAGAGGAAUGAUUUUAUGCUGCCCGACGGUGCCCUCACCCAGAACCUCCUUGUCUUUGGCAACAGUUGGGAGGUGAAGAAGACCAAGGGAGGCCUCCCCCGCUUCUCAAGGGAGGUACAAGAGGAGGAAGUGAAAGAAGAGGAGGCGUCAGGCCUUCAUGUGUCAGAAUGCAGCCCGGAGCAGCUGGAGCUCAUCGAGCACACACGGGCGUGUAGUGUGCUGGUGGACCCCCAGGGCCCCUUCGCUGCCUGCCACCAGCCUGUGGCCCCGGAACCCUUCCUGGAGCACUGUGUGUCUGAUCUGUGUGCCGCCCGGGACCCCAAAGAGCAGGACGAGCGGCGUUGCCAGGUCCUCAGCGGGUACGCCAUCAUCUGCCAGGAGGUGGGCGCCAACCCAGUCAGCUGGCGGAACCACACCCACUGCGCCUUGCCGUGUCCAGCCAAUACCGUCUAUCAGAGCUGCAUGACACCCUGCCCAGCCUCCUGUGCCACCCUGGCAGCUCCCAGGGACUGCAAGGGCCCCUGCGUGGAGGGCUGUGCCAGCCUCCCAGGCUACAUCUACAGCGGUGCCCAGAGCCUCCCCCUGGCCCACUGCGGCUGCACCAACAAUGGCAUCUACUACCAGCAGGGUGACGGCUUCGUGACCGAGGAUUGCUCCCAGCGCUGCACCUGUGCCAGCUCGGGGGUCCUGCUGUGUGAGCCCCUCAGCUGCAGCCCUGGGGAGAUCUGCACCCUGGGGAACCUCACUCGUGGCUGCUUCCGAGACAGCCCGUGCCUACAGAACCCCUGUCAGAAUGAUGGUCGCUGCCAGGAGCAGGGAACCCACUUCACCUGUGAGUGUGAACUUGGUUACGGGGGACACCUCUGCACGGAGCCUCGGGAUGUGCCACCCCCCAAAAAGCCAGAAGCCUCCAACUUUGCGGUCAUCCUGUUGGGAUUGCUGGUGACUGUGCUGGUCAUAGUGUCAGCAGUGACCAGAGAAUGCAUUUCCAGGAAGAGGAGGGGGGAGAAAAUGCAGGGCCAGACCAGAGACGAGCUGCCAGAUUUUGCUCCAGACCAUGCCUUCAAAGUCGCUCAGUUUUGA